UUUCGGAACACCAAGCUGAGAUCAGUGGAUCAGUUGAGAUUUUGGGACAUCUCGGAUGUAUCAAGCAAUGUUUCUUUCACAUGUUAAUAAAUAACGAGUAAUAUCCAAUUCUUUCCGAUUAAAAUUAUACUUGUAAUAGUAAAAUGGCAUCGCUCGCUCGCGUCAGCAUCGCUAAAAUUGGAUACAAUAAUCUUACUAGGCAAUUAUGUAAGGUGACAGCCACUAGUAAUGUGAUGCAAUUGGCCUUCAUUUCACAAAAGGCAAAACGAGUGAAUCGACGCCGGAUCCCUCCCUUUGACUAUGUGCAUAAGAAAUAUGGUUUUUGGGCUCAGCUGUUUGAUCCAAUGGUCGAUCGAUGUGAUGAGAAUUCCAAGGUGAUUGUUGUCGAGGGUCCGAUUGCUGUGGGAAAGUCUAAAGUCGCCGCCAAGUUAGCAGAAGAGUUUGAGAUGGUCUAUUUACCACCACCAACUUUCGACGAGUUCUACAUAAAUCCAUAUGGAUAUGAUAUACGUACAUUGGAUGACAGAUUGUCUAUAAGUGCACAAUCCUGUGACGUGCAGAAAUUUCUAACAAAUCCGCAUCAUCCCAAUGUGCCUAUGUUUCAAUUUCAUUACUUUCAAUUUAAAUUUGAUCAGUACAUCACCACUCUGCUGCACUUGCUGUCCACUGGCCAAGGAGUAGUGCUUAACCGUUCUUUUUACACAGACUACAUAUUUGCGAAAGCGAUGACAAACGCUGGUUAUAUGCGUCCACAGGCAUUGAAAUUUUAUAACGAUAUUGUUAACAUUGCCAAGUUGGAAAUGCUCAGGCCUCAUUUAAUCGUUUAUUUGGAUGCACCUGUGAAUGCUGUUAAGGAAAAGAUAAAAAAACGAGGCAUACCAUAUGAAGUAAAUUCUAAAGUUCUCACCUCAGAGUAUCUCCAAGAUAUUGAAAACAUAUACAAAUUGGAUUACCUCAAAAAUAUUGUAACACAUUCUCAUGUGUUAAUUUAUGACUGGACAACUGAGGGAGAUGUUUCUAACAUAGUUGAGGAUAUUGAAAUGUUGAACUUUGAUUACGAUAAGGAUGCUAGUAAAAUGUCUGAUUGGACAUUUGAAAAUGUUCAAGAGAUUCGAACUAAAAGGUUAUAUUACGAAGAUAGGUAUUUCCUACAUUUAGAUUACAUGAGAACUGAAUAUGAUGUACCAGAAUUGCACUACACAGCUGAAGAGGAUGAGGAAAGACAUCAUGCGAUGAAAUUGGUACCUGGAGCUCCGUUCGUCAAAGGAUAUAAUUCUGCAUUAGGAGACAAAAAUAUCUUGUGGAAAAAGGAUCAAUCUUUAAAUUUAAGAACCUUAAGACCCACUGCACGUGAAGUAGACGUGGUAAUUGAAGAACUGAAUAAACUCAAAACCGUCUCAAUGCAGUAAGAAGAGAAAACAAUAAAGCUAGGGAAGAUAAAAAUAGAGCUUGUAAACAUUAUUGAGCUUGUAAAAAUAAAUUUUACUUUUAACUGGGAAAUGCCUUUUACCAGUUUUUAUUGAAUUAAUUCAUUUCAGUGUUAUAUUUUGCAAUAAUAAAGUUGUUUGAUUUCA